AUGGAUGAGGAAAAUUAUGAUGGGCCAUUUACCGUUUGGCAAAUGUUUAAUGCACCUACAAUGGUACUGUUCAGUAACUUGGAACACGCAGCAGAUGGACUUGAUAGACUAUUGACAUCAAUAUUGAAACUUUCAGGAGACUCUUCAGAAGUCUUAGUUCCACGACCAGGUUCUACAAAAUGUCCAGAUUCUUAUUACUGUGCCUUUAAUGCAUGGCUGUUAGGCAGAUUAUUUUACAUAUGUUCAGUAAAGGAGUUAAACAAAAUACACAUUGCAAGUAAAGAUGCCCAAGUAAAAAUUUUAAAUAUCCUGUGUGUGAAUGGAGCUUCAUUUUAUGAAAAACUAAUUUCACAGUACUAUGCUAUUCUAUAUGAGUUAAUAAAAUAUUAUAAGGAAAAUUCAAGCAACCCCACUGCUCUAGAACUUACUAUAAAUAACUUUGAACCAGAACAAAUAGAGAUUCCAAAUGUACAAUUAAAUUUGGAACCAAUAAGUGUGAAAGUUAAAAACAUUAAUAUGUGCACUUCUUUGAUUGAUAUUGUGUUGCAAUUAUUAUCAGAAUGUAUACCGCCCAAUUUAUUGCAUAUAGAUAAACAUUUCAGUGACCUAAAUAAGUUGUUUGAUGAAGUAUUGUUCGUGAUAGAUAAUUAUAGUAUUGAAGUGAAAUUAUGUUCACUGUCUUUCUUUAUAAAUUUAAUUAAAACUACUAAUAGUGUAGGAGGGAUACAUUUUCAAAGUAAUUUUUCUAUUAUAUUUAAAAAAAUAUUAUGCUCUGUACAAUGGAUGGUGCAAUCUACAGAUAUGUUAGUUGAUAAAUAUAAUAUUAGCACAGACGAUGUUGAAAGAUUUAACACAAUUUUACUAAAAUUUAUGACAACUUGUACAAACCACCUAGAAAAUGAACACAUGGAAUUAAUUUUGACUAUAUGCAAUACUAUUUUGAAAAGAAGAUUAAACACAGUCUUCAAUAAAGACCUAAAAUUAUAUUGCUUAUCACUAAGUGAUAGGGUUCAAUUUCCUAAAGAUAUAUUGGAAAUAGAAAAGAAAAAUUCCAGUGAAAUUGAUAUGGUAGCAGAAUGUUAUUGCAAUCAAAUAUUCCAACAUAUAAAUGUGGGAGAGAAAUGUGAUGAUAAUAACUUAAAAGAAAAUUGGUAUUUUAAACAAGUACUUACUGUAAUACAUUGCUUGGAGUUGAGUGAAGAUUUGGAUGCAGAUGCCUGUGUAAUUUCUUUCAAUUUAAUGAAAUGUCAUGCUGCAUUAAAAAUAUUGCAAAAAGUAUCUAUGAAAUAUAGAAAGCAUAACAGAGAUUUAUCUUUUUUUGACAUUGCCCAAUCCCAGCAAAUGUGGGAAACUUUAAGAAGGCUACUUAAGAAACAUCAACAUGUCUUACUUCAGGAUCAUGAUUGUAUGUCUAUAUUUCUUGACAUUGCGUUAUUAACACUAUGCCUCUGUAGAUCUUCUCUAAAUGUCAACUUAGUAGUGCAAAUCUUGUGCUUACAAACAUCCCCACAUAGUUUAGAUAAUUUGAUGGGUUAUACUGACCACAUUAAAAUUAAGAUUUUACAAUAUAUUCUAAUGUCAAGAUUAAUUUUAAAGGGAAAGGAAAAUGAAAAUUUGGAGAAAAUGACAUUGCUUCUUAUUAAUGCUGUCUUACAAAAUAAAAAUGCCAACACAUAUAAAGAGAUUAUUGAUUUAUGCCCUUUAUUAGUUUUAAAUAAACUGUUCUCCGCAAGCAAGCUUAUUGGAGAGAUAUUAAUACCGGCAUUCCUUUCUAAGGACCCAGAAAUUCAAUCUAAGCUUACUUCUGUUGUUCAAGCUAUUGUUUGUAUAUCUUUGGGGACAUUUGUAGUUAUUUUUGGGGAGCCAGGAAAAUCCACAAGGCAUUCAAUAUUUAAAAAUAAAGCCUUCGAUAUAUCAGUUGUGUGUUACAAUUGUCAAAACAAAAACAAGAGAGGAGUUGCAGUUUUUUUUGCAAAUAUACAAAAAGAGUACUUAGAGAUUUGCAGAGAGUGUUUCGAAAUAACACCAUCACAACAAACUACACUUAACGGUUUACGCAGUUUGUUUACAAAGUUUUUGAACUUGAAACAAUAUAUAGAUAUAGAAAAAACUCAAUACUGGAUGCUAUUUGAAUGCCUAUGCAAUCAUUACUAUGUGUUUGAUUAUGGUAUUACAACCGAAAUUAUCAAUGAAGAAAACAUUAAGAAUGUUUUAAAAGCAAUUAAGCCUUUUAUUAAUACUACAAGUAUACAAGACGGUGAUGAUUCAAAAACUAAAGAGGUGUUCCUCCAGUGUAUUAAUGUACUAGUAAAACAGACUCAAGCAAGUUUAGAAAGCAAUAAUUAUAAUCAACAAACACAAACGCUUAAUCUAAUAAAAGAAUUUGGUUUACACAGUGACGAGAGAGCAAUAUUACCAGUAACAAAAUUAUUUAUAUACUUCAUCAUGCAUCCACAGUGCAGCUUAGCGCCUAAAGCUGUUGUUUAUUUGAGGGAAAUAUGCGAGUUUCAUGGUUAUACUCCAAAUCAAGUGUAUCAUAGAUAUAAGAAAGAUUUUUGCCGGCUUUUCGUAGAAUGCAGCCUUUAUAGUGGAAAAGACUUUGCAAUAUCAUUAUUGAAAGUAGUCCGAGCUUUCGGUUUUGUUGGCUACAGAGACUUCAUAUCCAAGGAUGUACAUCAUUUCCUGCCAUAUUUGAUACCUUAUUCUGUUACUAUUAACGAAGUCCCAUCAAUGAUUGAAGAAAUUGCUUUGCUAGUUCAAUGUUCAGUGUCAGAUUUUAUUGUUGAAAGAUUUCCUCUGAUUUAUGUUCACGUUUAUCUUAACGAAUCUAACCCAGUAGCGGAUAAGUGCUAUUCAGUUAUAGAAAAACUGACCAAAUGCUCAAUUUUGAGCCUUAUUAAGAAACAUUUUAGAGUGAUUCUAACAGAGUUUCUGUUACAGUAUAGUUGUAACCCAGAGAAAGUACUGAACGCGUGUAGGUACUUAGCCUGCCAUGAUCCAGACGUAUCUACUUCAAGCGGCCAUAUGAAAAUGAGUACAUCGCAAAUAGCGGAUUUCCUGAAUCCAAAAUUCCUUGGCGUUCUUGCAUAUUUUGAUCAUAAGCUAGUGAACGCUAAAGUUGCAUUAUCCGUGAAGCGUAAGGCUUUAAAAAGUUUUCCCGACAUGAUGCAACUUAUGGGGGUAAAGUAUAUUACUCCCUUAAGGUUUAAAGUGCUCGCUACUUUGAGAUCUGCUUUACCUUUGGUUAAGGAAUUUCCUAAAAUACUAGCGGAUGCAUGGGGUGCCUUCAUUCACAACAUCGAUAGUAUAUCUCUUGGGCCUUUGUUGUCAAAUCUGGCUGUGUCGUUAUUGCAGCAGUUUGAGUACGCUCCGCAAGAAAUAAAUAAAAUAUUUCACUAUCUCGUGCUGAAAAAUGAAAACUUGUUGAGCAGUCAUUUAUCCGAUAUUUUCUUUCUUGAAGAUUCAAACAUUUCCGAAAAAGUAAAAAUAGUUAUAAAAAGACACGUUAAUAGGACACAACCUGAGGGGUUUCUUGAUAAAAUCAAAUGGUAUUUGGAGCAUUUAAAUCAUGAAAUUCCGACUAUAAAAUCUUUUGCUUUUUCUCACUUGGAUAAGUUGCUUAAAAACAACAGAACUGAAAUUCACAAAGCUAUAUUUGGUGGCAAAAAUAUAGAUCCUGUAAUAGUGGAGCUAAUAGACUGUUUACUGAUUGGUUGCAAAGAUCCUGAUAGCAAAGUCAGUGAUGCUAGUGGUUCUUGUCUCGGUCAGCUAGGUGCCAUCGAAGCCGGACAUUUGCCUCGUCAAUAUGUCCAGCCCGACAGAUCGCCUUUCGCUUUCUCUAUUGUCGAUAAUUGUUUUGCUGCUACUGCUCUAGUAGAACUUUCUAGAGCGUUUCAAUACGAGAAAGAUACAAUGAACAUGGAUUGUUAUGCUUUGACAAUACAAGAAAUACUGAAGAUUUACGACAUAUCGCCCACGGGCAGUAAGAAAGAAGUUUGGGAAAGUUUCCCAGAGAAUAUGCAUCAGAUAAUGUUCCCCCUACUUAGUUCCAGAUACACAUUGGCUUACCCUUCGCAACCUAAGAAAACGCAUCCGCUAUUUGGGUCUGUACACGCAACUACAUUUCUUGAAUGGGCGCACAAUUGGACGGGUCAGUUGAUCUCGCUAAUAGAGUCUGAGAGUAUUCGAGAUUUGCUGCGUACCGUACACCCGAGCAUGCGUCGUGACGUACGCACCUUAUUUCUGUUCUUCCCUUAUGUGCUUCUACAUGCUAUUAUGUCUAAAUCUGUCGCACAGUACGUUCAAGAGGAGAUAAUGGCGGUAAUAGGGCGUGAAAAUUCUGAUAACGAGAGAGAGGUACCUUCAGAGAGAGCAAAAUAUAAGAUGCUGCGUCAUAUCAGAAUGACUCCUAAUAUAAAUUCAAUACAAACUGAAGAAGGAAAUCAGAGUAAGUGCAGCAAAACUAUUUAUACUCUAUUCGACUUCUUGAAUCGAUGGCUUUUGGAGUGGUGUCAUUUAAAACAACGUCCAACUGAGAAUGAAAAUUACAAAGCAAUUUUUUCCUUUAUGGAGAAAUUUGAUAAACUAACAAUUGCACGUGGUAACUUCGCGUGCGGCGAAUUGGAGCGGGCACUGCAAUAUCUGGAAAUUUAUAUGGACGAAAAGAAAGAGCGGAUACAAGAAGAGUUGCCAUUGUUGGCUGAAAUAUACGCUCUUUUGGACGAACCUGACUCAGUUGCUGGUAUUUUGUCGAUUAAACGUUCAGAGCCGUCCCUGAAGGAAUUGAUUCUUGCUCAAGUAGUAACAGGUAGAUUGCAGGAUGCCGCACUCUGUUACGAAAGACUCGCACAAGAGGGACAACUGGAUAGACACAGCUUACAGGGCAUGAUUGAUUGCUAUUUGGGUCUAGACCAGCCGUUCACCGCAUAUCGCCUGCUAAACGAACGCGAAACGGACGACAAUAUGAUGGAACUUGCAGCUGAGCCGUUGUGGCGGUUAGGUCGCUUUGAGCAACUAGAGGAAUUGGCCCAGAAACCAGUGCCGUCAUCCCGUGAGAACUGGGGCCUUCUUAUGGGUCGUAUCCUUCUGUCGUACCGUAAACAGGACCAUGAAACUUUUAUAACGUCGUGUAAAGAUGCAACAAACAGAUUAUUGUCGCAAAUGGACGGCAAAAGUAGAGGUGAAAGCGCCCUACGCAGUGGCUAUCAGAGUGUUCUCGGACUACAUAUAGUAAAAGAAGCGGAACAUGCUGAAGAAGUUUUGAGAAGGCUUAAAGAUUUGAAUGACGGUGAUAGCCAAGGCGAAGCAAUCUUGAAUCAACUGCUGGACGAGUGGCGUCGAAGACUCUCUGUCGUACAAUCAGACGUAAGGACAAUCGAACCUUUGUUGAGACUUAGGAGGAUAUUAUUGCAACAAACACAGGAACUGUUAGAACCGACGCAUCCAAUGACUUCGAAUCGUUUGAAAGCUUGCAUUGGUAAUCUGUGGUUGCAAAGCGCUAAGCAAGCUAGAAAGGCGGGAAUUUUUCAGCAGUCGUACAUGUAUAUACUAAAUGCGGAGGAAUAUACACCGGAGGAGUUAUUUAUAGAGAAAGCAAGGAUGUAUUGGGCUCGGGGGCAACAAGAGCACGCUUUCACAACACUACGACGUGGACUGGAGGAAACCUAUCCGCAGAUAGAUAAGCUCACACAAGAACAAAGAAAAAUAUGUGCCAAGGCAAAAUUGUUGAUAGCUAAAUAUAAUGAUGAAACCACAAACGUUGAUGUCGACGUAAACAUCGGUUACUAUAAGGAGUCAGUGGAGGUGUUCAAGCAAUGGGAAAAAAGUUUGGUGUGUCUGGGUGCGUACUACGAGAAAGUAUGUAGCGGUGACGUACCGCCCAAUAACCUGACUUGGUCCCGACGGGUGUAUGCCCUCAAUUCAUAUGGGAAAGCUUUGCAGUAUGGACACAAAUACUUAUAUCAGAGCAUGCCAAGGAUGUUGUCUAUUUGGUUGGAUGUGGAAGUAACACCAGCGGAUACGAGCAUCCAUUCAGUAUUAGCGCAAAUGACUGAGAUCAUUAAGACGUAUUCCGAAAGACUGCCUAUCUACUUAUACCUGACAGCAUUCUCUCAAAUAGUGUCCAGAAUUUGUCAUCCGGUCAAGGAGGUUUAUCUUCAAUUAAAAGCAAUUAUAGUGAAAUUAAUAAUGGCGUACCCACAACACACUUUAUGGAUGAUGAUGUGCGUGAUCAAAUCAAGCUAUCCUCAACGCAUCAAACGUUGCACAGACGUGUUCGCGGAUCCGCGACUCAAAGAACCGCAUAUGUUGAAACUUGUGUGCGAUUUCACUCAGUUCGCUGAAAAGUUGAUUGAUCUGUGCAAUAAGCCUCUAGCUGCCAAUACUGCGAAUCCUACAGUUUCAUCACUGGUCCGAACCCUGCCAAGGUUAUUGGCGGGCGAUAAUUUUAGCCAUAUAAUGAUACCUUUUCAAGAGUUCUGCAAGAUUGUCCUACCGUCCAAAGCGGCGCGACAAGAGCGCAUCGAUUUCAACAUACCCAAAGAACCGUCAGUGUACAUUGCCGGCAUAGAGGAGAAAAUUCAAAUAUUGCCUUCGUUACAGAAGCCCAGAAAGGUCACAUUAAAAGGUUCCGAUGGGAAAUCUUACAUAAUACUUUUGAAAUCUCGCGACGAUCUACGCAAAGACUACCGUCUAAUGGAAUUUAACGGAGUCGUGAACCGAUUUUUGCAAGACGCACCCGAGACUAGACGUCGGCGUCUGUACAUCAGGACUUAUAGUGUGCUGCCUCUUAAUGAAGAGUGCGGUUUGAUAGAAUGGGUGCCGAAUUUAGCCGGGCUGAGGCCGAUAUUGUUACACAUAUACAAGCAGAAAGGUAUCCAUACAACCAAUCGGGAACUGAAGGAGUUGAUGUGUUCUAAAAACGACCCAGUGGAGAAAAUGAGACGAAUAUUUGAACAGCAGUUACUUCGUCGCCACCCGCCCGUCUUUCAGGAGUGGUUCAGACGUGUAUUUUCUGAUCCUUACGGAUGGUAUCAAGCAAGAUCAGCAUACAUACGUACAACAGCGGUUAUGUCAAUGGUUGGAUAUAUAUUAGGCUUAGGUGAUCGACACGGCGAGAACAUUUCCUUCGAUACUACUAAUGGCGAUACAGUGCAUGUGGACUUCAAUUGCUUAUUUAACAAAGGGGAGUCUUUCGAAUGGCCGGAGAGGGUACCGUUCAGACUGACACACAAUAUGGAAGCGGCUAUGGGACCGCUUAAGCACGAGGGCAUGUUCAGGAAAUGCUGCGAGGCGGUCAUGCGAGCGUUAUGUGCUCAAACUGCGGCUUUAAUGUCGGUGGUGGGUCCGUUCGUGUACGACCCGCUUGUGUCCUGGGGUCGUGGUCGGGCGCCAGACUGCGCCGAGCGCACCAAUGCGGAAGCACUCCAGCACCUGCGUCACAUACGACAGCGCCUCAACGGCAUGGUAAAAACAAAGAAUAAACAAUUAUCCCUGUCUUUAUCCCCGGAGGGUCAAGUUGAACACCUUAUCGUCGAGGCAACCAGUAUUCAUAACCUUUGUCAAAUGUAUAUCGGCUGGGGACCAUUCCUAUAA